GAGUCGAGUCGAGUCGAGUCGAGUCGCUCGGUUUUCAGAGAAAUAGUAAACACACUGAAGAAAACACUCCUCUUUACAUACAAACCUUGCUUGGUUGCUUCCGCUGAUCUAAAGCUGCCUUCGUAACUCCCGGUUUUACUCUUCAGUUUCUGUUUCUUCUCAAACCAGGUAUUUGAGGGGAGAAACCGAACUAAGAUCCUCCCCGUGCUGGAUACGUCUAUGCCGGUCCACAUGGAUCAGAUGCGAGCAACAAAUGCUGCAGAUCAUGAAAGGGGCAACUAUACCAUUAUUAGGGAUCCGGAGGACCUCGAAGCUGGGAUUUAUGACAAACCUCUUCCAUGCUUUGGUUGUGGAAUUGGAUGGUUUUCUUUUCUUUUAGGAUUUGCAUUUCCUCUCAUGUGGUAUUAUGCUACUAUUCUUUAUUUUGGAAAUUACUACCGCAAGGAUCCUAGGGAACGAGCAGGCCUUGCUGCCUCUGCAAUUGCUGCAAUGGUAUGUUCGGUUGCAGUGGUGAUCAUAGUAGCUAGUCUACUAUUGUAACGUCGGAUGAUCAAUUUACUAGUGGCUCCAGCACCCCUAGAUUUUCAAGAAGAUGACUCAAAAGACUUUGGUGAAUUGCACGUAUUUGGUAAAUAUAUACUUUGCGCAGAAGGGUAGGAAGAAAAUGUGGUGACAAAUGGAAUUCCCAACCCUAAAACAGACUUGCAAACUUGGCAGGAAGGAAGAGGAAUUUCCAGUCCUCCCUCUUAACAGUUAUGAAGAGGUAUAGUGGAGAAAUUAUUUCCUGAACAUAGAUUAUUAUACAUGUUU